AGUCCAAGACUUGCGGUGGCUGCUGCCUCUACGGCCGACUUAAACCAAGACUUUGAGAUUACAUGGGGGGACGGACGUGCUAAGAUUCUUAACAACGGCGAGCUUCUUACCCUUUCUCUCGACAAAGCCUCCGGUUCUGGAUUUCAAUCCAAACACGAGUAUUUGUUCGGCAAGAUCGACAUGCAGCUCAAGCUUGUCCCUGGAAACUCCGCUGGCACCGUCACAGCCUACUACUUAUCAUCAAAAGGAUCAACAUGGGAUGAGAUAGACUUUGAGUUCUUGGGGAACUUGAGUGGAGACCCUUACAUUCUUCACACCAAUGUCUUCAGCCAAGGCAAAGGCAACAGAGAGCAGCAAUUCUACCUCUGGUUUGACCCAACUGCCGACUUCCACACAUAUUCCAUCCUCUGGAACUCCCAGCGCAUUAUAUUCGCAGUAGAUGGAACUCCCAUCAGAGAGUUCAAGAACCAAGAGUCGAACGGCGUUCCGUUUCCAAAAAGCCAGCCGAUGAGGAUAUACUCGAGCCUGUGGAAUGCCGAUGAUUGGGCAACAAGGGGAGGACUUGUGAAGACCGAUUGGAGCCAAGCUCCUUUCACCGCGUCUUACAAGAAUUUCAGUGCUGAAGCAUGCGUCUGGACUUCUGGAGCCUCCUCUUGCAGUUCUGCAACUUCAAGUAAUGCUAACAAUGGAGCUUGGCUUUCUCAAAACUUGGACUCUACGAGCCAAGACAGGCUGAAAUGGGUGCAGACCAACUACAUGAUUUACAAUUACUGUGCUGACACCAAGAGAUUUCCCCAAGGCUUCCCGGUGGAAUGCACCGCUUCAUAGAGGAAUCUAAUUAGGAUAAUCUAUUCUUUCAUUAUUUUGUGUAAUCAUUCAUAUUUUAAUCAUUAAGUUGUAAGAUUAGUACUAAUUCUUCGAUUAAUAGAGAUAUUGUUACUAUUUUAAUCAAAUACAGCACAUUUUAUGCA